ACCUGACUCCAUCGUGACAUCCUGUAAACUUUGGCAGAGAACCGCGAGAUAAUAUAUUCAUUUUUUUUGCUUGGAUCGCACGCUUUCUACGCGUCGGCCGUCUUUUUCUACUACACGCGCCGUUUGCGGAUUUCAGCAGAAUGAGCACAGGAUCGCGUCUCUUGGACGCUCUGGACAGCUCGAUGUUCUUGCCAUCGACAUCGCAGAGCACUCCCAGAGACCCAUUGCAUUCUUUGAACGCAGGUUCAAGCCCUGUAGCGUCGGAAACCGGCCCCGAUAGAACAAUGGUCAUGGAAGCUCGUUCGACUCAGAUGCAGGGGAAUAUGAUGCGUCUCAUGCAAGCAGACGGUGACGCGCAGCUUGUGUUAGGCUCUCCAUCAAGUCAAGCCUCUAGAACAUCCAGGGUAGCAGGAGCAGGUGGAUUUGGAUUAAAUUAUGACGAUCAGACACCUGUGAGAAUGAUUGACAUAGGGGGUGCAGACCAGGGAUUACGAAUGGUCGAAUUUGUGACUCAGACCAUUAACAACGCAAGCCAUGGUAUAACAGUCAAGUCUGCCGUAGAAAAGCUAGGACUCGAGGACUUGAACGAUAUUCUACCUGGCAUGAAUGUACGAUUGCUUCCGCAUCAAGUCAUUGGCGUUUCCUGGAUGCUAGAUCGAGAAAGGAGUAAAUACAAGGGAGGAAUCCUAGCAGACGAUAUGGGUCUAGGAAAGACGGUGCAAAUGAUAGCUACCAUGGCUAUGAAUCAACCAUCCUUAGAGGACGAAGAUGCCCCCACAACUACUCUCAUCGUGGUUCCAGCCGCCCUUUUACAGCAGUGGAAGGAAGAGAUAGAAACAAGGACCAACGACAUCAUGAGCGUACAUGUUCACCAUGGAAAAGAUAAAUUGAAGAAACGUUCGGAAAUCAAAAACUAUGAUGUAAUCAUUACUACUUAUCAGACUCUGAACGGGGACUUCAACUUUCCUAAAGACCUUCCGAUCGAGGAAGAAUCUGAAUGGCUACUGAGGGCUGGUGGUAUCCUUGCUCGUACAAGGUUCCAUCGUGCUAUCGCUGAUGAAGCUCAGUUCAUCCGCAAUCGGGCGACUAGAUCUAGUAUUAGCCUCGCCCACGUUCAAGCAACGUAUAGAUGGAUGCUCACUGGCACGCCCGUGACAAAUACCCUUGCAGAUAUCUACGGUUUAUUGCGGUUUGGACACUUCAGGCCAUGGAACGACUGGAAUGAUUUCAACCACCACGUCGCUAAGAUACAGAUUAUAGAUCCACCUCUCGCUGGUCAACGAGCCCAAGCUAUUCUGGCUCCUCUCCUUCUCCGGCGCACAAAGAAUUCUACAUUGGAAGGUGAACCUAUUUUGAAGUUACCUCCAAAGGAGAUCAAGCUCGUCAAGUUGGAUUUUUCCGUCGACGAAAGAGAAUGCUACGACUCGUUCGAAAAACAAUCUAAAAUUCGUCUGAAUAAAUUCAUUAAAGAAAGGACCCUUGUGAAGAACCACACAUACGUACUUGUAAUGAUAUUACGUCUCCGGCAACUUUGUUGCCAUCCUUAUCUUAUUUUAUCUCAAACCGAGAACUUUGAUGAUCCUACUGCUUUGAUGGGUGGUGAGGCAGAAAAAGAGAGAGCCAGAGCGAUCAAAGCGAAGGGGAGACCUUGGGUUGAGGGUAUUAUACGCCAGUUCCUUCUCCGUGCACGUGCGAACGAACUUUUGGAUUAUGAUGACGAGGCUCCAGACACUGCUUCGUGUCCCGUAUGUGAAGAAAUUUUCGUUCCUGCAAAAGGAAGGAUUCUUUCUUGCGGACACGAAAUCUGUUUGGACUGUGUCUUGGACAUUCGAAACUCUCCAAUGGAGCAUAAUGGAAUCUUCGGUGAAGGCACAGAAAGAGAAAAUCUGGAGGCCGAGAGGCAGUUUGAGGAAGCCAACGCUAAAGGCCAUCGAAAAUGUCCGACUUGCAAAACUAUUCUCGAUAUGGGGCCGGAGAAAAUCUUCAAAGCUAUCGCAUUCGAGCCGACGGACGAGGAGCUCAGCAAGUAUGCCGACUCGGAACGUCGUCGUCGUCGAAACACUUCUUCGUCUCACCGUUAUCCUUCUUUUCCAAAGAAGAAGGCGGUCGCCUACGGGUCAUCUGAGGACGAGGGCUCCGACGAUGAACUUUCUGUAAAGUUACACAAAACAUUCGAGCUAAAAGGUCUGGAUGACUCGGACGACGAUUUACCCGAUCUCGAAGACAUCAUGCGUCCAACGAAAAGGCAUAAGACUGGGGAGAGAAACACCGAUCAUGAUGACGAUAUCCUAGACCUCACAAUGGACGAUAUCACCCAGCCGAUUUUUUCUAGUCCCAGUAAACCUGGCCAGUCCUCAAAUAAUAAGCGUAAGGCACAUCAGUCCACAAAUGGUGGAGAAAAAAGGAAGGAUACAGACUCAGAGGGAGGUCUCUCAAAAGCCCUUGUCGCUACCUGGUCAAAAGGGGACGAUGACAUGGAACCCAGUAUCAAGAUGGUUCAAUUAAUUGAAUACGUUAAGAAAUGGGAGGCAAUCGGUGACAAAACUAUUUGCUACUCUCAGUGGACGUCUAUGCUCGAUCUUAUUGAAAUUCUCUUCUCCCGACAUGGUAUCCGCAGUUUGCGUUUUGAUGGCAAAAUGGACCGAACAUCAAGAGAUCGUACAUUGGUGCAGUUCAGGAAGCCUGACGGACCAAAGGUCAUACUGAUCAGCACCAAAUCGGGUGGCGUAGGAUUGAACCUGGUAGCCGCCAACCGGAUCGUCAACAUGGACCUUUCGUGGAAUUAUGCCGCUGAAUCCCAGGCUUAUGAUCGUGCCCACCGCAUCGGGCAGGAAAAGCCUGUGUUCGUGAAGCGUUUGGUUGUACGAAAUACCAUUGAAGAGCGCAUGCUACAACUCCAGGACGUAAAAGUUGGUCUUGCCGAAGCUGCUCUCGGAGAGGGGACAGGUCAUAAGCUAAAUAAGCUUAGCAUGAAGGAUAUCAAGUUUUUGUUCGGCAUGACGAAGAACAAUACGAGUACUGGCAAUAAUCGAGACAGCCAAGGGCUAUCACACUCCGGAGGUGGCGGUGACGAUGAUAGCGACGAUGAGUAAUGGUUUUUGUCUCUGACUCGAGAGUUGCAUUGUAUGUAUAAUGACUAGCAUCGAGUUCUUGUGUCAUUUGAGUUUUUUCUUAACGUCUAGUGUAUUUCUGUUUAUCUACUUAUUCAAUCAUAAACAUAAUACUACAUAGUACUGU